AAUAGAGAGAUGACUACGACUGGUACGAGAAAUUUUAAGGAAAAACGGAUUUCAAAGAGGCGUCGACUGAGUAGACAUGGGCCCAAUUGGUCGGAUCUCCCCCUCGACAUCCUUGAACGUAUAAUUGGACGUUUGCGUUGGGUAGAUCGAAGCCGGAUACAAGCAGUUUGCAAGGCUUGGUCAGUCCCAAACACUUGUAUUCCUGCUAUUGGUGAACUCCCCUGGGCAAUGAAAUUUUGUUGGCGUUAUGCCUCUUUGUAUCUAAUACAAGGUGAGUGCCGGCUGCUGGACCCUCUUUCCAGAGAGUACCUUGUCGAAGAAAGGAGCAGAGGACUAGAGUAUCUACUUUUCCUUGAUGCACGACCUUGUGCUUCUUUAUAUGGGUGGGUAAUUAGGCUUCCGUAUUUAGGGGGACCUCCCACAUUUCAGGUGGCGGCGUUUUCCUUGAAUGCAACAUCCCCAAAAGGUACCAUCUUUCUUUUGUGGAGUGAAAAUGGAAAAAUUUGUAUUAAGUUAUGUUCUGCCGGUGAUUGUUCAUGGAAGACUUUUGAGUUUGAUGGUUUUGAUCGGUUUAAUCGUGCUAAUGAUGCUGCCUACACCAACGGAGUUUUCUAUUGUGUUUUUAGAGGAGGACAAUUGGGUGCCUUCAAUGUUGAACUUAAAGGGUGGACUAUUCUGGUUGAUCAUUGUCCACUCGUUGAUCAUUGUCCACUCUCACGAAGUAGUGUGCAUUAUGCUAAACUCAUUGUGUCUGGUGCAGAUCUGCAACUGUUGUCUGAUAGCUCAUCUUUGGAACUCCUUAAGCUUGAUUUUGCAAAGAUGAAUUGGGUUUAUGAAAAUGAUUUGAAUAACCGGGUGUUGUUUAUCGGGUGCACUUCUUUCUCUGUUCCAGCAGUGGGGGAAGCAAAUGUAUUGGCAAAUACCAUAUUCGCUUCUGGUACUUUGAUGCACCCCAAAGUUAGAUUUUAUGGCAGCACAUCUCCAAGGCAGUCGAGACUCUACCGUAAGUGUGUUGAGGCAGCAAAGUGCGACAGGAUUUGGAUUGAACUUCCGUUGGGUGGUAUUUGGAGAGCCGAUGAUUUGAUUCAUGCUGUCUAGUUGAAUGCUGCAAUGCAAACCAACCAUCAACAGCAUUUUUUAUUUGUGUUUGGAUCAAUUAAUUAUUCCUGGAACAUCAUA